AUGUAUUCCAUCCGCAACUCCAUGACUCGCGCAAUGCGCGCAAAACAACGCAACUCCGUUGCAAAACUGCAAGCCUCACGUCUCGCCCAGAGAAAGUUCGCCACCUCGCCAAAUGAAAUCGCAGAUAACCGUAGGACGCCCAUGUGGCUAUAUGGCACCGUCGCUGCCGGGGCUGUCGGAAUGCUCUACCUAUGGAAGUCGGGAAAUCGGAAUGCGAAGGCUGCGGCUACGAAGUCGAUUCCGGAGCAUCAUGGGGGGAUUCGGUACAUGCAAAGACGGAUGAGGGUCAUUAGGGUGGUCUAG